AUGUUGAAGGGUUCCGGCAUAUUUCUAGGUGAAGAUUUGACACAGUUAAGUAACUACGUCUUGUCAUGUGUAAGAGUUAAAUCACCAGACGAAGUUGAAACAACCUGGACACACAACGGAAAAAUCCUAUAUAAGAAUAAAAUGGGGGAUAUUAUGGAAGUGAGAUUUUGUGACUUCCAGGAUUGGAUUGACAUGAGCUGGCCAUCAAAGGAGUUUCAAACUCCAGACCAACAGGAGGUACAAGAAACAGACGCCCAAACCAUUAAGAAAAAUGUCUGGGGACAUGGGAACUACGUUGCCAGUGUGAUUGCUGCUGUGAAGAAUAAUAACCUCUGCAGCGCCGGGAUAGCCUAUGAUGCUACUAUUGUCGGUCUUAAGAUGGUCACACUAAAUCUGAGCAGGAACGGUUUUUUCCAUUGGACGAAAUCUGAAAUUGUGUCGAGAUCGUUGACCUACAAAUUACAUGAUAUUGAUAUCUUUGUCAAUGCCUGGGCACCACCAUCAGAUUUUGAUCAACUAGACCUUGCUACGAGGAAAGCAAUAGAAGAUGGAGCACAUAAGGGUCGCCGUGGACUGGGCACGAUUCAUGUUGUUCCGGCUGGCUCUUAUGCAAACGUUUUAUCAAACAAUAUUCACACAAUAACUGUAAACGGUGUACCCAGUCUCGGAAAAAGGCGUUCUAAGGUUGUUAUUGAUUCAAGUGUUUUGGUGUCUGGUCUUAGCGAUGGUAACAAUCUUACCUCCUCAUCAAUGGUGACAACGUCGUACGGUAAUAGAUGUGUAAGAACGUUCAAUGGUGUUUCUGCUGCAGUUUCUCAAGUCGCUGGAAUAAUAGCGUUGGGGUUGCAAGCAAAUCCGAAUCUCAAACUUCGAGAUGUGCAAUAUUUGUUGAUACUGGCAUCGGAGCAUGAGCAGAUUGCUACAAGAGCAGAGUUCAAGAAAAAUGGAGCAUCUAAAUCUUUCAAUAAAUACUUCGGAUUUGGUCUUCUAAAUGCAGAUAGAUUUGUCAACUUGUCACAAAAACACACAUCUGUUCCGGAUCUGAUGUCAACGAACUUAACUAGAUACAACAUUAGCAACUCAGGGCUCUGUAUACAGAUAUUUGAAUUUUGCUAUGACUGUAACAUGGAUUCUUCGUGUUUAACAUUUAUCGAACAAGUGACUUUGGCGAUCAGUUUUACAACAUCUGGAUAUGAUCUUACAACAGAACUGAUAUCACCGAGUGGAACGCAGUCAAUAUUAAUGGAUUUGAAAUUUUAUCAUAAUCAGACUUAUUCUACAGUAGCCCAAGAAGGAAAAUUUGUGUCAGUUCAUUUUUGGGGAGAAGAACCAUUUGGGAACUGGCGUGUCAAAGUUCACAGCGUACCCUCUUCUAGUAAGAUUUCAUGCAGUCCUUGUGCAUUUUUAUGA